UGAAAAUCGUAACAGCUUUAGUUGUUAAGCAAUCGUCAGUGUGCGCGCUGUUAACUUGUUGGAGCGGGCCCAAAGCGCUUGCGCAGCUGAGAUAGUUUAAAAAUAAAGAAGAAGAAGCAGCAGCAGCAACAAUAAAAAAAUAUAAACGAGCAAGAAAAAUACAUAAAGCAAUAAAUAGCGCAACGUACGAGGCUAGGUACGAGAGGUAUUUCAAGGUCGUAAACGUAUCUCUGAACUAUUGAAGCUGCCGAAAUAUGCCUCGAAAAUUACUGAAAUUUCUCAUUAUAUUCGAUAAUUCGUCGCUGCUGUACUUUCCGGGUCAGUUUCUAUCGGGACGCGUGCUCAUAGAACUACAAGAUGAGACUCCAGCUCUGGGUCUGCACUUCCAUGUGGUGGGUGAGGGCGUGGUGCGUGCUGGGGGGCGACAGGAGCGCACUUACGACAAAGAGAAUUACAUAGAUUUUCGCAUGCGUUUGCUGGGCGAUGUGGAUCAGGGUCCUGCGAUACUAUCGCCUGGCAUACAUAGUUUUCCCUUCAAGUUGGGGCUGCCCAUUGGCCUGCCCUCCACAUUCCUGGGCAGCUUCGGCUGGAUACAAUAUUAUUGCACUGCAGCCUUGCGUGAACCCAAAGGUCUGACACACAAGAACCAUCAAGUGUUUAUUGUUAUGAAUCCCAUUGACUUGAACCUGGAGAAACCAAUACUAUCGCAACCCUUCACUUGCGAGGUGGAACACAAACUGGGCGUGGUUGCCUGUGUGGGUGGUGGUCAGAUCAAAUGCCGUGUGGUCUUGGAUCGCGGAGGCUAUGUGCCCGGCGAGAAUAUACUCGUCACAGCCUUCAUAUCCAAUGCUAGCAAUGUAACCAUAAAACGAACCAAGGCAUCACUAACUGAGACCAUUGAGUACUUGGCACGCGGCAAGACAGUUCAGACGGAGAAGCGCGCUCUGGCCGUGCUGGUGCGUGGCAAGAUACGUCCUGGCGGCAAGGACGAAUGGCACAAUGAUAGCCUCUAUGUGCCGCCGUUGCCACCAACGAAUCUGCAUGGCUGCCAUCUGAUCAAAAUCACAUACGAUGUCUUCUUCGUCAUCGAGCCGAAGUCGCUGGAAAAGGAAAUCAAAUUGCAACUUCCAAUCGUCUUGGCCACAUAUCCGUUCCGCAAUAAUGCCAAUGAUGUGUCCAACACUUGGCCCGAAUCCGUCCUAAAGCCGGACACACAUUAUCCUUCGACAUUGCCCAUAUUCCGUCCGUGGCUGCACGAAAAGCCAAAUGCAAAUUAACGCUCGAUGCGAUGCAAAACAAAAGAAUCAGUUGUUGGAUUAAUAUUUUUUGCCAUACAUUAAUUUAUAACUUAUUUAACUCUCUCUUAAUGAUUUGUAAAACUUCGAGGAUGACAAAACUAAAAAACAAUUAAGUGGGCUCUAGUCGGGCGUAACCGGCUUGGAGAUAACCGAAAAA